UGUGGUCGGUGUUGGGAAGAAUAGGUGACGAAAAUAUGGCCGCUAGCAGGAUCUGCUGCUGACAUUUGAAAACAUCUUAUUAGAAAAUUGGAAAAAUGAGAUUGAAGUGAGUUCCAAUGUUAUUAAAACACCUGUGAAUUUUAAUUUUAAGGCCUGUGGUAAAUAGAAGGUUUCCAAGUGAUCAUUUUAUUUUACAGUGAAUUGUGAAGUGUUGUAUUCCUUGACCACCUGGUUUACAAUUGUAUUUGUUUGUGGUGUAUUCUACUUAGAAAGUGAUAUGUGUAAGGUUUCUUUUCCAAAAAUUAUUUCCUAUGGCAUAAAAGGAAUAGACUUUCAUGUUUGUCCUAACCCCAGAAAAGACACUUUGAAAUUGUAUCCGACUGUUGACGGAUGCCUCCCAUAGACCUGUGCCUAGUGCCGAAGAGGUCCAUGGAAUCGUUCCAUCGCAAUGGGAGCACUUUCAGUAGUACAAAUACUUCCACCGAAAGGCCGCAUAGGGGGCCGCACUCAUACAAUUUGGGUACAGCUCUUUAUGAUUAUGAUGCGCAAGGGGAGGAUGAACUCACUCUUCGCAAAGGGCAAAUUGUGGAGGUCCUUUCCGAAGACGCCAAGAUCUCGGGUGACGAGGGAUGGUGGACCGGGAAGAUCGACGACAAGGUCGGCAUAUUCCCUUCGAACUUCGUGUCCUACGACGAUCCGAUAAACGCGAUGAACACGAUCAUGUCCGACAUCCAUCCGAUAAAGAUAGAUUUCUCGGAACUGGAACUGGAGGAGGUGAUCGGGGUAGGCGGUUUCGGCAAAGUGUACAGGGGCGUGUGGAGGAACAGGGGCGGCGGAACCGAGGUGGCGGUGAAGGCGGCGAGACAGGACUCGGACGCGGACAUAAACGCGGUCGUGGAGAACGUCCUCAAGGAGGCGAAACUCUUCUCGCUGCUCGAACACGAGAACAUAGUGUCGCUCGAGGGUGUCUGUUUGCAGGAACCCAACCUGUGUCUGGUGCUCGAGUACUGCAGGGGCGGGUCGUUGAACAGGGUGUUGGCGGGGAAGAAGAUCAGGCCGGACGUGCUGGUGGAUUGGGCGAUACAGAUCGCCAGGGGGAUGGACUAUCUGCACUGCGGAGCGCCGAUUUCGCUGAUCCACAGGGACCUGAAAAGUUCGAAUGUGCUCAUCUACGAAGACAUAGAAAACGGCGAAUUUCAGUUCAAGACACUCAAGAUCACGGACUUCGGCCUGGCCAGGGAGGUCUAUAAGACGACCAGAAUGUCCCAGGCCGGCACAUACGCUUGGAUGGCCCCGGAGGUCAUAAAAAAUUCGACAUUUUCGAAAGCGAGCGACGUUUGGAGUUACGGGGUACUUCUCUGGGAGUUGCUGACCGGCGAAACACCGUACAGGGGUAUCGACACUUUGGCUGUGGCGUACGGGGUUGCUGUGAAUAAACUUACCCUGCCCAUACCGAGUACUUGUCCUAAGCCCUGGGGAGACCUGAUGGAAAGAUGCUGGGAAUCUGAUCCACACCGAAGGCCUUCUUUCGAACAAAUACUGGAGUCUUUAGAUUCAAUAGUUCACUCGUCCUUUACCCAAACACCACACGAAAGUUUCCACAUCAUGCAAGAUGACUGGCGGCAAGAAAUUGAGGAGGUCCUUCUGGAACUACGACGAAAAGAAAAGGAACUUCGAUGUAGGGAAGAAGACCUCCAAAAAGCGCAAAUGCUGCAGAAGAUGCAAGAGGAACAAUUACGAAUGAAAGAAAAAGAACUGCACGACCGAGAAUUCGACCUUCUGAGAAGAGAACUUAAUUUUAUAAUAACGCAACAAACACCUACGCCUAAUAAGAGGAAAGGAAAGCUAAAUAAAUCUCGCUUGAAAUUACUGAAGAAAGAACCAGGAACUACGAUAGGUUACCCUUCGGAUUUUAGGCAUACAAUAACUGUCCAACAUACUGUAGAUCCUAAAACUAUGGCUGGUGUUAUAACUCCCCACAGUCCACCAGGAAGCCCAGCAAUCCCCAGGCUCCGAGCAAUAGCACUGCCCGCUGACGGAGUCAAGGGCAAAACCUGGGGUCCCUCCACUUGUCACCAAAGGGAAAGGGGUCAAAUCACCAUGCUCAGACCUGCUCAGAACCGCAGUAUAUUCUCAAAGAGCGCACCUAAUUUGGAUAAGACCCGCGCACCUCUAGGAGGCAAAUCACCUCACGAAAUAGAUUUCGUACCACCGGAGGAUUGGGGUCCUGAAUAUCCUAUACCGACUGCAAUAAGACAUAACGUGCCCUUUCCAACUUUAUAUAGUGGCGAAGGUCAGAGAGUGAAACCAAAGCUAGGUAUAGUUGAACUUGUUCUGUACAAUAUCGCUGCAAUGUUAGCAGGAGUGGCAUCUGGCUAUGAUGUAAGAUUAUCCAAUGUUUCACCAUUCCAUCCAAAACUUCAACCUAAUAGGUCUGAAUUUGGCGAUCUACCUGCUUGGCGGCCUAUUGAAAAUCAAGAUUACGAAUACUCAACCACUUCAGGGUACAACCAUAACACUUACCACGGGCCCACAAAACACUAUCGUCCGAUGCUGACAGGUUCACAACUGAUAAAUUUGCAACCGGAGGACCAACGACCACUAAGGUUCACCGAUUCACCUCAACAUCAUCCACCUAAUCCUUCUCCGAGAAGAAAAUCAAGUUCUACCAGCAACGAUGGUUCUGAAAUGUAUGGGCCUUAUGAAAGAAAUGCGACAAUAUACAUUCCAGGUGACUACCAGCAUGAAAUGGCACCUCUCAAAGUAGAAAGCAUCCCCUAUGGACAUUAUGUAGAUCAAUCCUACGGAGGAUACAGCUCAGAGUAUUCUGCUACCGGGACAAGUACUACACUAUACGGUUAUGGCACUGACUAUGCAUAUGACAACCCAUCAAGUAUAAGUAGUCAUAGUAGUUCAAGAACACCCCAGAGGUUACCUCUGCAAACUCACAGAAGGACUCCUUCGAACGUUUCCAAUGCUAGCUCAACAAACAUAAGUGGAUCCAAUAUAAAUCCUAGUUUUAGGUUAGAAGAAGAUUUAGCACAUACCCCAACUCAUUUUGUAAGGAGACAGUUGUAUGAUUACGAUUAUAAUAAUUUCCAAAGGCAAAGUUCACACGACAUUAGUUUCGAACGUUCUGGUAAUUUUGAACGGCCUAGCACUUUAGAAACUACUUCGGGUUACACCAAGCUUCGCUCAAGUCUCAAACGUAACAACUUUCAAACUAGUCAAGGCCAUUCGGGGGGGAAUACUCCUACAAACCCCACUCCCCCAGACAGUUUAACAUCUGAUGAUAGUUCAUAUGUUUCGGCAAAAGAAAGUAAUAGCUCUGUUUCGAGAGUAAGGUUUUCUCCUACGACUCUAAGAGAUUUACCCAUAAUUGGACAAGCUCAAGAUACUACUGUUCCUUUACAAGUGCGACGGACUAGGCAGAGGCCUAGUUUUGCUGAAAUGGAGAGGGAGUUCAUGCAAUAAUAAGAACUGGUAAUGGAUUUUUAUCUUUUCUAACUUGGCACUAGCACCAAACAACUUGUAUUUAAUGUAGAUACUAAUCAAUCAGAAUCAAUAAUCAAAUAUAUAUUGCAAUACAUAAUGAAUAGUGUUAAAGAAAAUCAUUUUUGUUCAGUUUCGGUUAUCUAUUACCAGAGUAACCGCACUUUUAUUCUGGUCGAGUUCGGUAACCACUCCUACUCGUCUUGUCAUUUGUCAUUUUAAUUUUCAGAUUAUAGAAAAAAAUCAUGAAAGAAAAAUGGCAAGAUAUUAACCAGUAAUAACCUCCAAAACUUCUGUCAAGGCAAAAUUCUGUUGACCAAUGACAAGUGGCAAGUGUAUAUACAAAGCAGGUUACCUGGAAUAUUGGAAACUGUUAGUAAGCACUCUGAAAUUCUCGGCGAUAUACCUAUUAUAGUUCAGAAUAUUUGAUGGACUUCAAUCAAAUUCAAGAAGUGUUAAUCCUACAAGCCGAAUUCUGAAAUGACUAAACAAUUUGCAUGGAGAAAAUAUCUUUACAAACUUGAAUCAUAUUGAAAAGGAAAAACAUAAAAUUUGCUCAAAAAAGGUCACAGUAAGGAAAUGUUUGUCUGAGAUCAUUUGGUGAAGGUAUUCUGUCAAAAAUUUUUAGUAAUUCACAGGUCUUAGGUACUUAGCGAACCGUAACAAAUAUGAAAACAUAUCAGAUCAAUUAAACUUUAUGAAGUAUUGAAAAGAACUACAUUUUUGUAAUCUAUUUGUCUAUUCAGUAUUAUAGUAUUACUACGAAAUUUCACAGUAAAUCAUAAAAAAGAAUAUACUUACAUAAUUUUUAUUAUAUAAUUUUUAAUACUUAAGUGGAACUGUUAAUUCAAAUGUCAAUACAAGAAUUGAACUUUCACAGAAAAAUCUUCUUGAAACUCAAAAGUAUCAAACUCUUGAUUUUACCAUUCAGUUUGUAUAUCCAGUAAAAUUCUCAUUAAUUUUUUGUGAAAAUUGGUAUCGCCUUUUUAUAGUAAUCGUCUUUAUUUAUUAUGUGAAAGUAAGAUAUGGUUUUUUGUUUCAUAGAUGUGAUAUUUGUUGAUAUUCAAGUGUUGUUUGGUGCUAGUUUUCCAAUAACAGUUAUAUCGAACCCACCUUCAUUGUGAAUUGAAAAAAAAUUGAUGUUCAAUUGAUUCAUUUCAUCAAGUAGAAAUUAAUUCAAUAUAUUCGAACUAUUUUCAAUGUUAUCAUUGAAUUCUUAAAAUAUUUCAAAUAUUGUAUAAAUUGUUGUUGAUUCGAUUGUAUUCAUGACAUAAUUAUAUACUGUUUUGUGCCAUUGUGUUACGACUAAAUAUAUUUACUAUUUAGUAAAGUAGCUGCGUCAGAAUAUUCGGCAAGUGAUUUUAAAUAUCAGUAUUCUCUCAAGCUGAUCUUGACUGUUUUUUGGUAAUAUUUGAUCUCGAAACUCAUUCCUCUCGUGAAUACAGUAGCUCAAGUCUGAUUUAAAUCACUCCUAGUAGAAAAAAACGAAGAAGUAGUAGACAAAUAAACACAAAUCUCGAAGCUUACUGUAAUGCAUUUCUUCAAGUUAUAUUUGCAGACUUCAUAAAUUCCAUUUUACUAGCUUUCAGAUAUUUCUUCAAUGAUUUGUUGGUACAUUCUGAAGUGCGAUUUGAAAAUGAUCUUUCACCAUGUUGUUAUUAUAUAUAUUAUAUGAAUGUGAUUAUGAGAACUUGGAAUUUGACUAAUUUUACUCACAAUCCAUAGUGCCUCAUUAAAAUUCACAUUUUGAUGGUGAUAAUCGUAAACUUAUAUAGUCAUUUUGUGCAAUUAUAAAAUUUAAUAAUUCAAUUUAUAUCAUGUUUAUGACUAGGUAGAUAUUGCCUUAAAUAUUUUGGAUAGUGUAUCAAAAUUGAAAGAUGUUCUCAAGGAAUAAUAUCUACUAUCUUCCCAAAAGCGUUGUGUGACAAAAUAUUCACUAUUACUUGAUUAAUUUUUUUUUUGCAAAUAAAAAUAUGAAUGAAAGGCAACAUAAAACAAAUUUAUAACUUUUGUUUCUUAAAAGACCAGCAACACUGUUCGGAAGAUAAUAAUAUAUUAUAUCCAUUGAUCCUUUGUGGCAGUAGCUUUUGUAAAUUUUGUACUUAUGAGAUUAUACUCAGAAUGCUCGCUUUUCUACCAUGAAUUGAAUUUGAGGAAGUGGUAUCAAAUUUUAUUUAUGAGUCAGUCAACAUGAGCGUUUUUUUAAAUUAUGCGAUGUGAAAAGACUGUAUAUAACAUUCCAUUGGAUUUAUUGUAAAAUAUUAUUUUUUAAUUUAUUUUUUAUUCGAAAUUCCCACGUAACAUGCGAGUAUCGAGAUGACAUUUAAAUAUUUAUUGAUAUUUGUAGAAUUAUUAGUUGUUUUAUUUAUUGAAAUCAUGGAUAAUGUACCGAAAUUUUUUUCAAUCACUAGAUGUGUUGUUAGAAUUUCUUUGUUCUUCAUCAAAUACAGUUGGUACUCAAAAAGCAUUGAAAUAGUGUUGAAUGGGACCAUGUUUUGAAUCUGAAAUAAACAAUAAUCAACUCCCCGAUUAACAUUUUGUUAUUUUUUGAGUAACAACGCAUGAAUUUGAUCACCCAGUAAUGAUGUAAAUAUUCAUAUAAAUAAGAAUAUAUUAACUAAAUAAGUAACGUUGGCUUCCAUAUGGAAAAUCAUGUUACUUUUUCAUUUUAAUUUUAUAUAAUGUAAAUACAUUUCCUCAUUGAUGGAAAAUGAUGCUUGAAAAUACUCUUGUAACUAUACCAAACUGAAUAGAUGAAUAUACAGAA